AUGCUCGUCCCGCUCACUCAAGCUUGUGCCCUCCUGGCCUUAUCCUCGGUCGCCCUCUCGGCGCCGGUACAACAGAUCCCUUUCUCGGACACUUCGAUCGCUCAGCCCGAACUCUCCUUGGCCUCGCUGAACAUCGAGCCUUCGAUUCGAUCUCGCUUGGACCAGCACAUCGCUUCCUUGCCCGAGAAACGACUCGUACGACUCGCUGACGAUGCUCAACCCAUCGAGGUGACGGAGGGGGAAAAGUCGAUCCUCGUUAUGAAGGGGAUUCGCUUCGUCGAUGUCACGGAGGAGGACCCGGCUUUGGUCGCCGCUGCUCAGGUCGCCAUCGCCGGUCAGGGUGCGUCGAAACAUACCCUCUUUCCUGCCGUUAGUCAUUUCCAGACAUUUUCUGAUCUUUGCUCAUAAACAGAUGCCUUCCCGACCAAAUUGAGCUACAGCGUCAAGCAGGCGCAGCCCCUUUUCGACACCAUCUCCCUCGAGAGGAUGAAGACCUUCUUGACCCGCUUCUCCGGAUUUCACACGCGCUACUACCGCUCCUCAACGGGGAAGCAGUCCCAGGAGUUCUUGUUGAACCACGUCAAGGAGGUGAGAUCGGCAUCGACUUCUUUGGAACGAAAAAGCCUGAACAUUGACGCAUCGGAAUUUGACUCGAAAACCAGAUUAUCAAGUCGAAUCCCAAGAUCGCCGACUCGAUCUCGGUCAAGGAGUUCCCGCAUUCGUGGGGACAAAACUCCAUCAUCCUUCGCUUUGAACCCUCGUCCAAGGCCUCGGCUCUGCGCAAGAAGCAGGGCAAGGAACAGGUUGUCAUCCUCGGCGCUCAUCAGGAUUCGACUAACAUGUUUCCCUUUUUGGCUGCUCCCGUGAGUUGAAAGAUAUGUACUCGAAGAAGUGCUCGUGCGAUAAUUACUGACAAACAGCGUGUUUUGAACGCUCUCAGGGUGCUGAUGACGAUGGUUCGGGAACGACUACCCUCGUCGAGGCUCUCACUGUUCUCGUUAACGCCUCGUUCAUCCCUAGCGAUCACCCCGUCGAGUUCCACUGGUGAGUUUCGAAGCUAUUUGACCUGCUCCAACAAGUGUGAUGCUCACAGCGCCUUUAUUUCACGCUCCAGGUACUCGGCCGAGGAAGGUGGGCUGUUGGGCUCGCAAGCCGUUGCGCAGAGCUAUGCCAGGGAUGGGAAGAAGGUCCGAUCCAUGCUCCAGAUGGACAGUGAGUUCGCUGGACCUAGCGCCCAUCCCUCAUGCGACUAGCUGAUGGCCUAGACGACGACUCCUCACAGUGACGGCCUUCGUCAAACCCGGCACGACCCCGACCUACGGCAUCAUCCGCGACUUUGUCUCGCCCGAAUUCACCGACCUCGUCGCCUUGCUCAUUGACGAGUACGGAGACAUCUCCCGCACCGACACUCAAUGCGGGUACGCCUGCUCGGACCAUGCUUCGUGGUCCAAGGUCGGCGCACCCUCGGCUUUCGCGAUCGAGUCGAGCUUUCCUGACUCGAACAAGAAGAUCCACUCGAGUGGCGAUACGAUCCAGAAUGAGGGCUUUAGCUUUGAGCGUCAGUCCGGGCGUGAAUCAGCGGAUGUAUCAGGAACGAUUGGUGUACUGACCUUUUGAUUGUUGGCCCCUCCCCCUCCUUCCUUCUGGCAGACAUGCGAAGUUUCGUUAGGCUCAGUGUCGGUAUGACGCUCGAGAUGGGUGGAGCCGAGACGCUUUUCAGCUAA